UUGUGGGAAGGCUGUAGUAAGAUGGCGGCGGCGGCGACGACGGGCGCGCUGGAGGUGGUGUUGAGCUGCGAUGCCGGCGGCUCGCUCUGCAAUUGCAGCGUGUGGGAGCCGCGCUCCGGCACCUCGCUCACCACUUACCGCGGCGGCAACUCCUCGGCCCGCGCCCUCUGCACUUUGGGUGGCGAGUACCUUCUGGGAGCGCAGAUCGGCAAGAGCUACAUCAGCGUGUGGGAACUGCAGCGGAAGGAUCAAUUGCAGCAGAAGAUAAUCUGUCCUGGGAUUGUCACCUGUCUUGCCGUGUCGCCCAAUGGACUUUACAUUACUGCCGGCAUUGAAGAGAGCAUCUAUUUGUGGGAGGUGUCUACUGGAAAUCUGCUGCUCACGCUGUCCAGGCAUUUUCAGGAGUUGACGUGCAUUCGCUUCACUGAUGACAGCAGUCACUUCAUCUCAGGAGGGAAGGAUAAUCUUGUGCUGGUGUGGAAUUUGUGCAGUCUUUUGCAGCUCGGUUACGCUCGUGUGCCUGAACCCCAGCAUGUUUGGUCUCGUCAUACCUUGCCAGUAACAGACAUACAUUGUGGAGUUGGAGGUCCCCUAUCUCGUAUUGCGACAGCAUCGCUUGAUCAAACUGUUAAACUCUGGGAACUAUCCUGUGGGGAACUCCUAAUGUCUGUGCUAUUUGAUGUUGGAAUCAUGUCCGUGGCCCUCGAUCCUUGUGAAUACAACCUAUUCUGUGGAGGACAUGAUGGAUCCAUAUUUCAGGUCAACUUGUUCACUGGGCCCGUUGAGAGAGAGAAGAAUUUUCAGACUGAUAAAGAUGCCAGUCAGAUAUUCAAGGGACAUCGGAACCAGGUGACUUGCCUAUCGGUCUCCAUUGAUGGGACCUUGCUGUUAUCAGGAUCGCACGAUGAGACGGUGAGAUUAUGGGACAUUCCAAGCAAGCAGUGCCUCAGGACAGUUAAUCACAAAGGACCAGUGACAAAUGCCUUUUUGACGAUUGCUUCAGCCAAUAUGUUUAGCCCUGACUGCAGACCCAGCAUAAGUCUUCCAAAAUUUAGUAAACAUGUGCACAGCUCUGAGAUCACAGAAAAUGAAGAAGGAUGUGCUGUAACCCUAUGUCUUCAGCAUGGCCAGAAGGAGGCUCAGGAAAGCAACCUGGAAAAAGCGGAGCAGUUGUAUUCCCUCAUGUGUGCUGCUGCAGAUAAGCAUAUGUUGGGAGAUGGUGAGAACACCAAAAUGCAUGUGGCUGAGUUGGAGGAUGAAGUGAAGACAUUGAAGAAGAUCAACAGAGACUUGUAUGAUUUUUCAGUGCAAGUUCUGACAAAACAGACAUAAGUAAAAGGGAUGAAGGGAGCAAAUACUGCAAAUUGUGAGGCACUUGGUGUCAAACGUUAGUAUUAUAUCAGCCUCACCUAUGUAAAAUGAUUUGGUAUGCUCGAACAUUUCCAACUGUGCCCUAUUUAUACAAGUCUGUUUCAUUUGAGUUAUUUGUGCUGAGCUUUCAGGGGUCAGAGAUGUUUGUCUCCUACACUUCUUCCCAUUUGCACAGUCAGGUCCACUUAAGUCAAGUAUUUGUUGAGCUGCUUUUACAUUGUCCACAUGGGCUUGUUAGCUUUAUUGAUUCCUAAUAGUUCUGAUACCAGGAGUGGCUGAAUGUAAACGUGCCAGAUUUUUUCAAUCUUGACGUGAAGAGGCCAAUUAAUAUUUGGUCUGCUGAGGAUUU